AAUCACCACAGCCAACACCUACGGUAUUUUUAAUCCUCUGAUGCAAGUGGGAGGAACGUCGACAGUAUCGCCGUCUGUUUCUCUCAUGAUAGCUUAGAUCCCCAUUCACGAAAAAGUUUACGCACUUUUAGCUACGUAACUGACAUCUAAAGCCGAGGACGUUACUCCACAAAUCAAACUCGGGGCCCGAUGGAGUCGUUGCAGUCAUUUGGGCAUAUCUUGUUAUGAUAAACAAGUAAUGAAGGGCAAAAACACAUAAUUAAAAAAUGGAGGGAAUGCUGUAUAAAUGGACCAAUUACAUAAGCGGUUGGCAACCUCGUUGGUUUGUGCUUCAUGGAGGAACUUUGUCUUACUAUGACUCACAAGAAGACGCCUGGAAAGGUUGCAAGGGCAGCAUUAAAAUUUCAGUGUGUGAAAUCCAAGUCCAUUCCUCUGAUUCUACACGAGUUGACCUGACUAUACCAGGAGAGCAGUACUUUUACCUCAGAGCCAUUAAUGCAGCUGAGAGGCAGAAAUGGCUGGUGGCACUGGGAACAGCCAAAGCUUGCCUUACAGACAACCGAACAAAGAGAGAAAAAGAGCUCCAGGAGAACACAGAGGCACUGAAAACCAAGAUGUCAGAACUCAGAUUGUACUGUGACCUUCUUCUACAACAAGUAAACAAGAUCAAGGAGAAUGAUGAGCUAGGAGACACAGCGGAGACAGGAAUAGACACGGGAAAUAUGGUGAAGUCUACGUGCACCACUUUUCUUAAGACUCUAGAGGAAUGCAUGCAGAUAGCAAAUCGUACAUUCAGUCCAGACAUGGCAACACAGACUCCACCAGGAUCUCCUCCAGUAGCAGCAAUCAAACCUCAGAAGAUUAAACCUGUCAACCAUUUAAAUCAAAACCUUGGAGAAAAAUGGAUAUGGAGAGAUUUAGGUGAAACCUCAGGAGAAGCAACUGCACAUGAGAAACAGAGCCUUGACUCUGGAGCAGAGGGACCAGAUGAGCCAGAUAGACCAGAGCACUAUUUUUCCCCAUCAGACACUGACGAGACCAAUGGCAAAAGCGCAGCCCAUGAGGAGCCAGUUGAUCCUACUUCACACACUACCCAGAAGACCUCUGAGAUUGAACAGUAUAACCAACCAGCAGAGGGAGUUCAGGAAAAUGAAGUUGACGAUCAAAAGGAGACAGAAGAAGAGCAGAAGCACAGACUGGACCAAAGUCAAGAGCAAGACAACAACAACAAGGAAGCUGUUGUCCUGCCUCAGCACCAACAGGAAGCUUUUCCAGACCAAGAAAAGGGUCAGCCUGAAGGCGAGACCUGCACAGAUUCAACAGAGCCAGAAGACACAGAGCAGGUGGACACGUUCUUCAGCACAAUGAGCCACAGAUUUAGUGAUAUAAGACUGGACGACGACAAUGGUAUCCCUACUCAAGAGUUUUUGGACUCAUGCUAUGCAAUAGUACCUGUAUUAGACAAGCUGGGGUCCACAGUGUUUGCACCAGUUAAAAUGGAUUUUGUUGGAAAUAUUAAGAAAAUUCACCAGAAGCUGAUGUCAGACCCCGAGAGCUUCCCCACACUACAGUCCAUCGUGCUGCAUGAAGUCCGGACAGAUGUCGCCCAGGUGCGCAACUCGGCCACUGAGGCUCUGCUGUGGCUCAGACGAGGCCUGAAGUUCCUCAAGGAGUUCCUGUCAGAGGUCAAUGCAGGACAACAAGACAUCCAGGGAGCGCUAAACAAUGCCUAUGGAAAGACCCUUCGGCAGUACCACGGAUGGGUCGUGAGAGGAGUAUUUGCUUUGGCACUGAGGGCUGCCCCAUCUUAUCAAAGCUUCAGUGCUGCAUUGGUGUCAAGAGAAGGCGAUGAGCUGAAAAGCGGCUUCACCAGCGGCAUGCACAGGGACCUGGGACUGUACCUGCCUGCCAUGGAGACGCAGCUGGCCAUACUAGAUUCCCUGUAUGAAGAAUACAACCUAGAGUCUGAUGAAGUGGUGUGAAAACCCGAACAGUGUUGAUCGAACUUGAAGGGAAGACAGAACCUGACCACAGGGGCAGAGUAGCAGCUAACUGCUGACAGAAGUUGCCAGAUGCAUCGAGUGCGUCUCAUGUACAAAAUAGUGUGAGCAUGUCCCGUGUCGGUGUGAGGUGUUUCCAGUGGUUGUUAAACAUGACAGUAGAGGGUCUGUGUUUGAAGAGGGUAUUAAUGUUUGUAUUUAGGAGCCCAUAAGGGGCAAAGCGAGCAUUAGCAAUUAAGACAUUGUGGUUUGACAGAUUGUAGUUUCUGGGUCUUGUUUAAGAGACCAUUGACAUUGUAGGGGUUUUAAGCCCUUUUAUGCAGACUCCAAUCAUAAUGAUUCGUGGUGACAUUUGUUUUUUGUGCACAUUUUGUUGCUUUAUUGUGACAUUUUAUGUACUGUACAUGUUUUACGGUACAGAGUAUUUGGCUCUAGGAAAAUCAUUUGGGAUUGAACUGAUCAGAAUGCAAAGAAAAAGUUUUAAUCAAGAUUAUCCUGUUUCCUUGGAUUCAUAAAAUGUGCUGUUACUUAUAACUGACAGAAGGCACUAUUUAACUAAAAACAAUGUCAAAUUGUGACAAUGCCCAAUAUAUGCCUUAUGUAUGUGAUGGAAUUGCAUACUAGGAUGACUUUUUUUUUUCCCUUGCACUGUUGCCUGUUGAAGCUUAGUGGAAAUUCUAGUCAGUAUCGUUUUUAUUUCUUACCCAGUUAUUGAAAUAGAAAUCCUGCAGGUUGACUAUUUAUUUGUUUUGUUUUACAUGAAACAGUGUUAAGAACUGUUGCUCUAUAGACUUACCCUGGGACCAAAUAGGAACUUCUCAUGUGAAUUAUCCUCUGCUGCCUAUAGUAUCAUAACACACAAGAAUGGAAAAACUACAGUGAAGCUGUUUAAGUACAGGCAAUUGCUCAAUAUUUAUGUGGGCAUCCUCUGCACAAACGUAUGCAUUGUUUGUAUUUUCACAAUGUCUUAUUUAUUAUUUCUUAAGUUAUAAAUUUCACAUUGAUGUAAUUGGGAUCAUGUCUGUCCAGCUUUUUGUGUGAAUGUAUGGACAUUUGUAUCCACAUAGCAUGUUGAUGAUUGCAUGGUUUUAUGUAUUAAGUAACAUAAUGUGCCAAUGAAAACUCUAAAUAUAAGCCCAGGCCGAGAAUUAACAAAGUUAAUAAAUAAUCCUAAACGGGAUCGAUUGUGAAAGUUAAAAUCCAUUGCUUCUUCAUUAUGGUACUGAUAAUGAACAGGAACCUACAGCAGUUUAACCUUUCACCAUCUCAUCCAUGCUAAGUAUACUUGAGUGUUGUUACUAGCCAUACUUAAUAUUUUAUGAUGUCAAGUGGUAAGACUCCACCUUGCAGCCAAGUUAAAGUUUGUCAAUAGAUUGACUGAGCCAUUCAAACAAGCAGGAAUAUCCUCAUGGGGCUUCUGUAUACUAUAUAGUAUUUUUACCUUUAAUCUUUUUCUUUUGAUUUUUCAGGAAUGCACACUAAUAUUUCUUGAACUAAGUCAUUUACAGCAGGUUUACAUUGCAGAUGUACUGCAACUGGUUGAUUUCCUUUAGCAUAUAAAUUCCAAUGUUAAUCGUGAAAAUAUGCUGUUGUAAUAUUACAAACAUUUAAUUUUUUUUGCUAUGAUUGUAUAUAAGAUGAUAUUUGAUUUUUUACAUAAUAAAUGAUUAAACUGUC